AUGUCUGCUGUCGGUUCCCUUAUAUUCUGUGAUGAUUGUGGUAAUCUUCUAGAUAACCCAGAGGAUAAGAUUAACAACAGCAAUGUUAUCGAAUGCUCACAGUGUCAAGCAGAGUACGCAAAGUCCCAGUUUACCAACUUGAAAGUUGUCACAUCCACAAGUGAGGAUGCAUUCCCAUCAUCAUUGAGACUGAAAAGAUCGGUAGUGAAGACGCAUUUGAAGAGAGAUGAACUAAAAGACGAUGGUGCUACUAUCAAAGAAAAAUGUCCAAAGUGUGGCCACGAUGAGAUGCGUUACCAAACGUUGCAGUUACGUUCGGCAGAUGAAGGUGCUACAGUUUUCUACACCUGUAUCAAAUGUAACUACAAGUACAGAACCAAUAACUGA